AUGUUUUUUGCCCUCUAUUUGGUUCACGUUAGUGUUUUCACAAAAAUCAAACAAACCUUUCUUUUUGUAAUUCUGAGAACAGAUGACAGAGUCGGUAGAAUUAAACCAAAGAAGUCCACAUUGAACUUGACUACAUGCCAGCUAGCUAAGUUAGCGAGUUACCCAACUUCAAAGACUGAUGCUUCGCAGCUAAUAUAGCCUUCUAGCUAAGCUAACACUGAGUGUAAUUUGGCAGGGCUUGCUAGCAAGCUAGCUAGUUAACUAUUCUGGCUGAAGAGGUAGCUGUAAGGUCUGCGUGAAUUCUUUCGUAGGAAUGAACCAUAAAAGUAAGAAACGAAUCAAAGAGGCAAAGCGAAGUGCCAGACCUGAACUAAAGGAUUCCGUUGACUGGACUAAACAUAACUAUUGCGAGACUUUCGAUCUCUCACACCGGACAGUGAAGGACAAUGUAGAGCGUGUGGAUGCCCUCCGCCUGACCCCUGAAGAGUUCAUCCAACGUUUCGAGAGGCCCUACAAACCCGUGGUGCUCCUUAACUGCCAGGAAUCGUGGCCGGCGCGAGAGAAAUGGACCCUAGAACGCCUCAAACGCAAGUACCGCAACCAGAAAUUCAAAUGCGGCGAGGACAACGAUGGCUACUCCGUGAAGAUGAAGAUGAAAUACUACGUGGAGUACAUGGAGUCCUCGCGAGACGACAGCCCGCUCUACAUCUUCGAUAGCAGCUACGGCGAACACGCUAAACGACGCAAGCUGCUGGAGGACUACACGGUUCCCGUCUUCUUCAGGGACGACCUGUUUCAGUAUGCUGGGGAGAAACGCCGUCCUCCCUACAGGUGGUUUGUGAUGGGCCCAGCCCGCUCUGGCACAGGUAUCCAUAUAGACCCUUUGGGUACGAGUGCAUGGAACGCCCUAGUGCAGGGUCACAAGCGCUGGUGCCUGUUCCCCACACACACUCCCCGCGAGCUCAUUAAGGUCACGCGAGAAGACGGAGGGAACCAGCAGGACGAGGCGGUCACCUGGUUUAAAGUGAUUUACCCUCGCACUCAGCAGCCCACCUGGCCGGCCGAGUUCAGACCCCUGGAGAUCCUGCAGUGUCCUGGGGAGACUGUGUUUGUCCCAGGUGGCUGGUGGCAUGUGGUGCUUAACCUAGACACAACCAUCGCAGUAACCCAAAAUUUCGCCAGCACCACCAACUUCCCCAUCGUGUGGCACAAAACCGUCCGUGGACGACCCAAACUCUCCAGAAAGUGGUACCGCAUCCUGAAGCAGGAGCGGCCUGAUUUAGCAGCACUAGCAGAUAAAGUUGACCUGCAGGAAUCCACAGGCAUCGCAUCAGACAGCUCCAGUGACUCUUCAUCAUCCUCUUCCUCCAGCUCCUCCGACUCUGACUCUGAGGCUGAAUCAGGCUCCGAUAAUGACACCAUGUCCCAUCGUCGUAAGAAGAGACGGACCUGUGGCAUGAUGGGAAAUGGUGACAUCACCACCCAGGACGACUGCGUGAGCAAAGAACGUAGCUCCUCACGGUGACACUCCACCCCUGUCGGGCACAUCUGAGGGGAGUGUCAAUCUCUCUCUUUCUUUCUCUCUCUCUCUCUCUCUCUCUCUCUCUCU